CGCAUGUGCCCAAGUUUGUUAUCUCGCCUUCGACUUGCUCCUUCGUAUGAAGCAUCCAUGGCUGCUUGCGUCCGUCGCCGCCGCCGCGCUUGGUAGCACUAUCGGUGGAAUGACUGCAAGUCUUGAGGGCCUUGCUGCAUCGCCGCGGGAUCCCGACAUCGACACAGUUCCCGCGGGGGUGCACUGUACCAAAAUACGCAAAUGCGACGUUCACAACGUUUGUGUCAUCGUAUGCGAACGCGGCACCGUCGCGAUCGCACCAUGGGCCGACCGUGCACUGGCGCUGCAGCGCAAGCUUGCCUACACGCAUUCACUUUGUGACGCUCAGCUCCCCGGCACGCACAACUCGGCCAUCACCAUCGUUGACGGCUAUGGCGUGGAAGAUCAUGUAUUUCAAAAGCUGCUGGCGUACAUUCCAUGGAUGCCGCCACAUCUCAGCGUCCACACGAACGAUCAGGUGCCAUCCACCGCAUUCAUGCCAUUGACCUUGCCCUACCUCACCGUUUCUCCAGCUUUUCUCUCUCACAGAUCAACUCCGCCUGGGUGCGCGACUUGUCGAGCUUGACGUGCACUGGGUCGACGACGAUCUGCGUAUCGCGCACUGUGGUGGGUUCGAGUCGCCGAUGUUGGACGAGCUCAUCAGUUGGUUCAACAAAAUCGCCAAACGGCUCGGCAUUGAAAUCCAGUGGGAUUCAGAAACCGUCGGGUGCAUGCCGUCACUGAGCAGCAUCCCUGCGCACUCGCAACGACCAGUUCAAGACGCGCUCGACGAAAUCGCGGCCUGGCUGCAUGCUCCUCAAAACGAGCACGAGUUUCUCUUGGUAUACUUUGACGACGAGACCAACCUGCUCAAAUGGCACAAAGUUCAGCGGCUUCUAGCGUCGAUCAAAAAGUCUUUCCCGGUCGCCGAGAUCCUGCGGCCCGACGACACUGGGGGCAAACCAUGGCCGACCUUUGACACACUCCUAGCUCAAGGCAAGCGCGUGGCGUUCCUCACGGCGUCCGACUACAGUCCGGUCGGGAACGAGCUGCUUUUCCACAAAAUGUCGCUGUGCUCAUGGCAAGAACCCGACCUCCCCUUCGCCACGUACCCCGACUGCCGCUUCGCCGGAUCGUCCGUGUCGACGCUCACCUCGCACGGCGUUCUCUUCCGCCCUGAAACGAGCGAGAUUCAAUAUGGCUUGCUCAAUGCAAUGGGCCACUUGGGCCCGAACCUGCACCUGAUCGACGAAGCAGUCCUCCCCAAGCUCCUCGAGUGCAACGUGAAUAUUCCGUCGCCGGACAACAUCACGCCGACGCGGAUGGAGGCGAUGGUGUGGUCGUUCGCCCCGUCCGAGCCACAGGCCGUCGGCGCGUCCGAGUGCACAGCCAUGCUUCGUCCGUCGGCGCGAUGGCUGUCGCGGCCGUGCGACAACUCGACACGCAUGGCCAUGGCGUGCAAAGCAGUGCACAAUGCGACGUGGAUAGUCGCGCCGAUGACGACGCACGCGAUGGACAUGGAUGGAAGCAACUUAUGCCCACAAGGGUUCAACCCGACGACGCCCACCAACGGCUACGAGAAUCGGCUGCUGCAUGACGCGCUCGUCAACUCACCAGCCCGACUACGUGUAGCAGGCGCGUGGAUUCCGUUGUCCCGCGCACUCUUGACGCAGGUGUUUGGAAGCCAAGUCUCGACGAACGUGUACGACCGACGCGUGCACUCGCUCGUGGACUCGCCAUGACGUGUACGGAUCUAAAACCAAUGGAAACGAACGUGCGAGUUGAUGUACUACUGGUGGGGAACUCGGCCAGUGCGGAUGUCGAACUGUGCCCGCUCACGUGCGCAGGGGACCGCGGCACGACUCUUCACGAUCGCCUACGAUGACAACGUCGGCCACGACCCGCCGAGUCGCCGUGGACGACGAGAGUUCGU